CGCAGACCCAGGGGCAUGUCUGUGUGCUGCGCGGGCACCUGUGGUGUGAGUAGCAGCGGGCGUGGCUGCUCCUCGGAAGUGCGGCUGCUGUAAGAUUUCUCUCAGGGGCCUGCCGUCUCCCGGUCGCAGAAGGCAAAACUAAGAAGUUUAACGGAGCUGGGACUGAGCCGAUUAAGAGAGGCUGGGCCAGGAAAGAGGGUGGGGACUGCGGGUGCCUGGGGUAGGUAGGGAAUCACCUCUCGGCCCCCACUCAUUUCUUAGCCAGAAAGGCACCGUGAAAAGCCUGGCGUGACAAAGGUGGCCCUGAAAUAUCGACAGAAUCCGGGCAGUGAUGAUCACUGAGUGAGUGGCCCGGGGCUGAGCCUGACCGAGUCGUUGACCAGAGGGAUGCUGGCAGUUAGGAAGGCUCGGAGGAAACUCAGGAUGGGGACUAUCUGCUCGCCCAACUCCAGCGGGACAAAGACAGCUGUGGAGGUCUGCAAUGCCGACUGGAUGGCCUCUCUCCCUGCUCAUCUCCACCAAGUCCCCCUUUCCCAUCUGGCGAUCCCAGGCUCCCAUGACUCCUUCAGCUACUGGGUCGAUGAAAAGUCCCCAGUGGGGCCUGACCAGACCCCAGCUAUCAAACGCCUGGCCAGGAUCUCGUUGGUGAAGAAGCUGAUGAAGAAAUGGUCCGUGACUCAGAACCUGACCUUCCGGGAGCAGCUGGAGGCCGGCAUCCGCUACUUCGACCUGCGCGUGUCUUCCAAGCCAGGCGAUGCUGAUCAGGAGAUAUACUUCAUCCACGGGCUUUUUGGCAUCAAGGUCUGGGACGGGCUGAUGGAGAUUGACUCGUUCCUUUCACAGCACCCUCAGGAGAUUGUCUUCCUGGAUUUCAACCACUUCUAUGCCAUGGAAGAAGCCCAUCACAAAUGCCUGGUUACCCGCAUUCAGGAGGCCUUUGGAAGCAAGUUGUGUCCAGCCUGCAACGUGGAGGGUAUGACGCUGCAGUCCUUGUGGCAGAAGAAGCACCAGGUCCUUAUUUUCUACCACUGUCCCUUCUACAAGCAAUACCCCUUCCUGUGGCCUGGAAAGAAGAUCCCGGCACCUUGGGCCAACACCACGAGUGUGCGCAAGCUCAUCCUCUUCUUAGAGACCACCCUGAGUGAGCGAGCCCCCCGCGGGGCCUUCCAUGUCUCCCAGGCCAUCCUCACACCCCGAGUGAAGACCAUCGCCAGGGGCCUGGUCGGAGGCCUCAAGAACACACUGGUUCACAGGAAUCUUCCUGCCAUCCUGGACUGGGUGAAAACGCAGAAGCCUGGAGCCACGGGGGUCAACAUCAUCACAUCUGACUUUGUGGACCUGGUGGACUUCGCCACGACCGUCAUCGAGCUCAAUGACCUCCUGGAGGAGGACAGGGCUUUGGCUAAAUGCUGAUGCGGGAUUGUUCAGUCAACUUGACGUGGAAGUUGUUGAUCAUGGGUAGAGUUCGAAAGGGUUUCCUGGUAGAAAGGGCCCUGGGCAGCGACAGAGAAGUAAGAGGAGGAGGGCUUUUUGUUUUCCUUCCUGAGAAGGCCAUUUGGAUGAAGCUACAUGGCUUUUCAUUGCUUUUUUUCCCCCAAAUGUGACUUUAACAAAAUUUAAGUCCAAGGGAAGAAAGCUUCUUUCAUGAGGUCAAGGUCAGAAUCUCCCCAGUGGCUUAUAGUGGUGAAUGGAAUAUGGAAAUAGGGUCCCCAAGUGCUGUUGGAGUAGGGAAGGUUCCCUAUUUGGCCCAGUUUCCCUAU